UCGAGUUUAUGGAAUCUCAUCCAGAUUUGGCGAAGAAUUUUUCGAAGGGCGACAGAGUUGCUGUUGAGGAAAAGUGGAAAGAGCUAACGACGCUGCUAAAUGCAGAAGGGCCGCCCCAAAAAGAUGUUAAUGGAUGGAAAAAAAUAUGGUCUGACUGGAAGGGGUGCAUUCGGAAAAAGGUUGCCCAUAACAAUCUAGAAUCGAGGGCAACAGGAGGUGGACCCUUUAAUAAGCAUGUACUGACGAGCAACGAAGAAUGUGUUGCAAGAACUUGUGGAAUUUUUGCAGCCGUUGAGGGCAUAAGCCAUUCUAGAAGCUUUGGGACAGAAGAAAAUAAUAGCGCUAUCGAAUCUGAGGAAGAACGUCCCCAAACAAGUAGGGAAGCGGUGGCUACCCCGAGAGCUGCAAAAAGGCCACGAGUGUCAACGCAGGACAGCCUUCAGUCGUGUAUGGCAACGCAAUCUAGUUGUAUGGAGAAAAUAUCCACCACUUUAGAUAACAUUUGCGAAAACCAACACAAGAUUGCAAAAUCGCAGGAAGAUGAAAGGGAAGAGAUUCGACGACUUCGUCGUGCUGUUGAGAAACAAAAUGAAUUGCUGGCAGAGCAAAAUCGCUUGAAGACUCAAACAAUUUCCUCAUCAAUUGGAUUGUUUUCUAAUACGGUUUCUGUUUCAAUGUCAUCUAUUUGA